CCAUCUUUUCAUUCAUGGGCAAAAUUUCUUACCAUCUUUCCAACUGAAAAGAAAAUAUCAAAAAGCCAAGAAGGGAGAGAAAAAAGUACUUUUUUUCCUCAUAAAAUCUGAUCUUCUCUCUCUAAAAGUGAAGAUUGGAUGGCAGAAAAUAAGCAGCAGCAAUCACCAAUCCCUUUGGCCCCUACAGUCAUUGGCUAUCCACGAAGUGACACAGAAUUAGCAUCCAAUGAUGCAAGAGAAUUACGCAAAAAGAAACGCAUGAAAUGUUUACUUUAUAUUGUUCUCUUCGCCGUUUUUCAAACUGGGAUUAUACUACUUUUUGCCCUAACCGUAAUGAAAAUCAGAACUCCAAAGUUUCGAUUGCAUUCCGCAACGUUGGACAACUUUACAACAACCCCUUCGUUGCGUUUUACGAUGAACGCAGAGUUUGGAGUAAGGAACACGAAUUUCGGGCACUUUAAGUACCAGAACAGCACUGUUUAUUUCUUCUACGGCAGCGAUCAGGUUGGCGAGGUGGUGGUGCAGAGAGCUCGAGCCAGGGCACGGAAGACGAGGAGGUUUAAUGAAGUGGUGGAAUUGAGUUUUCCGGCGAACUCUCAGCUGGGAAAUGGUUUGAGCUCUGGUUUUGUGAGAAUUACUAGCCAAUCAAAACUCAGUGGGAAGGUGGAGCUGAUGAAGGUGAUUAAGAAAAAUAAGGCUACUGACAUGAACUGUUCCAUGGAUAUUGUUAUUGCUACCCGACAACUUCAGAAUAUUGUGUGCAAAUGAUGAAGUUACUAUGUUUUGUAUAUUAUUUUUGGCAUCCAUUGAUGGGUGUUUUAUGCACUUCGUGUUUGCCACCCCCUGCGGCUGCGGCGGCGGGUGGAGGGAGUGGAGGUGUGCUUUGAUACUCUUAGCCACCUAUUUGGCUCUCUUUUUGGUCAUAUAUAUUUCUUGAUUUCUAUUGUGUGUAUUGUAGGAUUAUAGACUUAUAGUUACUACUUGGUA